AGCAGUGAUCCACCUUUUUCCUCGACGCGCAUAAUAUCCCUCUCAUUCUCAUUUAUGUAAAGACAAAACCAAAACCGUGGAUGUGUCUCCACAACCCACCAUUCCCAUUCUCUUUCUCUCUCUCUCUCUCUCUCAUAGAUCUGGCUGAAACCCUCGCGAUCAGAUCUCGUUUUCCUAGAAUGUCCUCUAACCGUUCAGAUCUAGGCUCCCGGAUCUACCCGGACUCCGCCGCAAUCGACCACUUCGACCGCCUCCCGGACUCCCUCCUCCUCCUCGUCUUCAACAAGAUCGCCGACGUCAAGGCCCUCGGCCGCUGCUGCGUCGUCUCCCGCCGCUUCCACUCCCUCGUCCCCCAGGUCGACAACGUCCUCGUCCGCGUCGACUGCGUCAUCUCCGACGACGACUCCUCCUCCUCCGCCGCCGCCUCCGACAAGUCCCGCGGCCCCUUCUGGACCCUCCUCCGCCUCGUCUUCGGCGGCAUCGUGAAGCCCAUCCAAACCCUGGGGCAGUUCCUGGGCCCGAAGCGCCCCUCCCCCUCCCUGGCCGUGGGUGUGGGUGUGGCCUCGGAGGACUCGGAGGCGGAGGCGGAGGCGGAGACGGAGGGCGCCGUGCCCCACCACUCCCCGACCCAGGUCCUGAAGAACUUCAACGAGAUUCGGCUCCUCCGCAUCGAGCUUCCGAGCGGCGAGCUCGGCAUCGAGGACGGCGUCCUCCUGAAAUGGCGCGCGGACUUCGGGUCCACCCUGGACAAUUGCGUGAUCCUGGGCGCGUCCUCCGUCUUCCACCCUAAAUCGCAAGAGCCCUCGACAACGACAACCCUAGAGGCUCAGGCUCAGGCUCAGGACGACAACGGAAGCAUACCUGACUCCUUCUACACGAACGGCGGCCUUAAACUGCGCGUGGUUUGGACCAUUAGCUCCCUGAUCGCCGCCUCCGCCAGGCAUUACCUUCUCCAGCCCAUUAUCUCGGAGCACGGCACUCUGGAGAAUUUGGUGUUGACCGACGCUGAUGGACAGGGCGUGUUGUACAUGAACAGGGAGCAGCUGCAGGAGCUGAGAGUGAAGCCUCUUUCCGCUUCUUCUGCUUCCAAGAGGACUCUGGUUCCGGCUCUUAACAUGAGGCUCUGGUACGCCCCCCAGCUUGAGUUGAGUGAUGGCCUCGUCUUGAAGGGUGCCACUCUUGUUGCCAUUCGCCCCACUGACCACUCUCCCAAGGAGGCUUCUGAUUUGUCUUGGGUUUCCUCCGCCUUUCAGGAGCCUUACAGGACGGCUGCUACAAUGCUUGUCAAGAGGAGGACUUAUUGCCUUGAGAUGAACUCCUUCUAAUGUCAUGGACUCAUGGAAUCAUACGAACGAAUCAGGAUACUCAUGUUUUCUUUGGGGCCUACAGCUCGCUCAAUGCAAUCUGUGCCCCACAUUGGACUAGAUACUACUAAAGAGACCUCAACAUAUCAUGCUUGAGCGCAAAAACUGAAUGCAUCUGCUGCUUUUUUUUAUUUGAGGCAAUGCUUGUAAGAGUGCACACCUGCAACUAGGAUCAUCAUGUAAGAGCUUUAAGUUUCUACUCAUCUGCCCUUAUCAGAUCUCUCUCUGUGAAUAUUCUAGGUAUCAGUUUGGUUUGCCUUUGUCAUAUAUUUUUCUCAACUUAAAUGAGCAAUGUACUUUGCUUCUGUAAUUUUAAAUAACUUCUGGAUGAGUCAAUCAUGCCAAAUGCAAUACUUGUUCCUGCACGCACUUUUCUUUUUUGUCGUUGGAACCUUUUUUGGGGGCUCAGGUCAGUCAAAUUCAUUUGCAAGUUACUUGUCGGUGAACUGUUCAAUAAAAUACACUCGAAGCCAAGGUGGAGCUCAUAAUCUUGGCUUGUUUAUUCAAUGAACCCAAGUUUAACUUUUCA